CCUCAGGACCUGGAAGCAUCUACAUCUCACACUUUCAAAGUGAAGAGUUUCAAGAAAGUAAAACCAUGUGGGAUAUGUCGUCAGGCGAUUACCCGGGAAGGAAGUACUUGCCGAGGUUGCAAGCUGUCCUGUCACAAGAAAUGUGAAGCCAAGGCUGCCACACCUUGUAUGCCUGUUGGCAAUCAUGAGCUGCCAUCCACCGAAGAGAGCCCUGCAAAGCAUGUAGAUACCCCGGUAUUUUCAAGAUCCCCUCAAAUUAUGCAGGCACAACGUAAACCUUCAAGGAACUUGAGCCUAAACCAGGCCAUGGAAGACACUUGUGAACUAGACCUGGUAUAUGUCACAGAACGGAUAAUUGCUGUCAACUUUGCAAGUUUGUCAGAAGAACAAACCUUUUGCAGCAACCUGAAGGAGGUGGCUCAAAUGCUUAAAUCCAAGCAUGGGGACAGUUACUUGCUUCUUAAUCUGUCAGAGAGGAGACAUGACAUCAGCAAACUGCAUUCCAAGGUCCUGGAUUUUGGGUGGCCUGACUUACACACUCCUGCCCUGGAGAAGAUAUGCAGUAUCUGCAAGGCCAUGGACACAUGGCUCAAUGCUGACCCACACAAUGUGGUAGUGUUGCAUAAUAAGGGGAACAGAGGUCGAACAGGGGUUGUUAUUGCUGCUUACAUGCACUAUAGCAAUAUUUCAGCCAGUGCAGAUCAAGCUCUGGACCGGUUUGCCAUGAAGAGAUUUUAUGAGGACAAGGUGAUCCCAGCUGGGCAGCCAUCUCAGAAGAGAUAUGUCUAUUACUUCAGCGGUCUGCUGUCUGGCACCAUCAAAAUGAACAACAAGCCCCUCUUCUUGCAUCAUGUCAUCAUGCAUGGAAUACCCAACUUUGAGUCCAAAGGAGGCUGCCGGCCAUUCCUCAAGAUAUAUCAGGCAAUGCAACCGGUCUACACAUCAGGAAUCUACAAUGUGCAGGGGGACAGCCAGACAAGCAUCUGUAUCACCAUAGAACCAGGACUCCUCUUAAAGGGAGAUAUUUUGCUGAAAUGCUAUCACAAGGAAUUCCGUAGCCCGACUCGGGAUGUAAUCUUUCGGGUGCAGUUCCAUACCUGUGCCAUUCAUGAUUUGGCUAUUGUCUUCAAUAAAGAGGACCUGGACGAUGCCUUUAAAGAUGAGCGAUUUCCUGAGUAUGGGAAGGUGGAAUUUGUAUUCUCCUAUGGUCCCGAGAAGAUUCAAGGCAUGGAACAUUUAGAGAAUGGCCCAAGUGUCUCAGUAGACUACAACACAUCAGAUCCGCUCAUCCGCAGGGAUUCCUAUGAAAACUUCAAUAUACGUCGUGAAGACAGCAUGGACGAAGUUGGGCACACCCAAGGACCUCUGGAUGGAAGUCUCUACGCCAAAGUGAAAAAGAAAGACUCCCUUCACGGCAGCACUGGCACUGUCAACCCCAACCGGCUUGCCCUCUCUGCUGCCCCCAACCACGUUGAGCACACACUGUCGGUCAGCAGCGAUUCAGGGAACUCAACUGCUUCCACCAAGACAGAUAAGACUGAUGAGCAGGCAGCACCUUCGGUUCCCAGCAGCAGUGGAGGAAACAACCCUAUUUUGACCCCUGAAGAAAAGCGAGAGCUUGAGAGCUUGCUCAGUGGAUUUGGUUUGGAAAACGAAGCCACCAUGCACAACCACAGGCCCAGUGAGAUAGCAGCAGCUGUUUCUGCUUCACCGGGACGCCAUAUCAUACCAGCUCAGAUUCAUGUCAAUGGGGAAGCUGCUGGCUUAGUGGCCGAGAGGGAAACUGACAUUUUGGAUGAUGAGUUGCCCAACCAGGAUGGACACAGUGUGGGUAGCUUAGGUACCCUCUCCUCUUUCGAUGGCACUACCAACACCAGUGACAUUGGCUAUCAUGAGGCUCCCCGGAUGGAGAGCCUCAAUUCUUUACCCAAUGGUUCAUCCAAUUUCAAUGGCUUAGACAAGCUGCAUGAUUCGGAGAUGGUUAUCAACGGUGGUUAUCCCUACAACAACCAGAAUGCCUUACGGAACAUUAUGGGACGUCACCCUCAUGAUCCUUAUGCGCAUAUCAGGCCCUCAGUGUCUGCCCAAGAAAAUCUGGCGGAUUAUCACCAGCAUGGCUUCCCCACCCCUGGCUGGUUACAACCCCAGCCUCCAGCCUCCAGCCAGCCUUAUCCAUAUGGCUGCGACUCAAAUAGCAUAUACCGCUCCCAGUCCUUCCCCACAGCUACUGUUGAAAUCUCCCAGCUUCCUCAAGCACCAGCGCGGAGCACAAGUAGUCGCGAAGCUGUCCAGAGGGGGCUUAACUCUUGGCAGCAACAAGGUGGAGGUAGCAGACCACCAUCACAUCAACAGGAUGGUGCCCGAGACAGCCAUAGUUCCAGUCUUGCUAGUGCAAGUCCCCAAUCCAGCCCUUCACAAGCAGCACCCUCUCAAAGCAUAAGCAUCCCUGAAUUCCCUAGAGUUGCCUCCCAGAAGGAAAUAGAACAAUCCAUUGAAGCUCUCAAUAUGCUCAUGCAUGACCUGGAUCCCUCUGUCUCCAUGAUGCCUAAAUCCCAGAGUGUUCCAUUGGCUACCAGAGAAGACAGGCCACACCCAGUAGCCCUUUCAAUGUCUGCCCAACCUGUGAUAGGACCUCAUGUGGUGCAACCAAAGGCUACCAAUGCGUUUGGCUUGAUUCCAGGAAGCCCUUCACAAAACUCUCUUGGCUCCAGUGUGCCCCAGAUGGCUGAACCAAUACCCAAAGCUCAUCCUAUGAAACUAUUGCUCAACAGUGUUGGAGAACCAGAGUAUCCAACACAAGAUUUCAGAGAGGCCUAUUCUCCAUAUGGUUAUCAGAACCAACAGCCAACUGUAAUACAAGGAAAGAGCCUUGGGCAGAUGGCAGGAAGCCCACCCACAUCUCCCAGGCCUCAUGCAACAGCAUGCAAGGUCUUGGAAGGGCAGCAUCCUCUGCUGACAUCACCUCCCUCAUCCACAACAGCAGUCCAACCCCAGAUGCCCUUAAACGAGGCUGAGCAUCAGGGGGAAGCCUCUCAGGCUUCAGGGGAAGAGCCGUUGCAUCUUGAAGGUCUGGUGGCUCACAGAGUAGCAGGAGUGCAGCUGCCCCAGGAGAAGUCACCAGAUGAAGGUGAAGCCCUUGUCCGGAGACGUACCACCAGUGAGGGUCAAUAUGAGAACAGCCCCCAGGAACCCAGUUCACCACGAAGCCCGACUGUCCGAUCACCGAUUCACUGUUUCUCACCAGAGGUGGUCAGCUCCAUCGCUGCCAAUCCUGGAGGAAGACCUAAGGAGCCCCAUCUUCACAGCUACAAAGAAGCUUUGGAGGAGAUUCAAGGGACCUCUCCAAGCAGUCCACCUUCCAGUGGUGGUGAGACUUCUCCCCAAACCCCUGCUUUCCCUGUCUCACCACAAACCCCUUACAGCAACCUGUUGCGGUCUCCACCAGGACUGGCUAAAACUCCACUUUCAGCACUGGGGCUGAAACCUCAUAAUCCAGCAGAGAUUUUUUUGCAGCAGACAGGAGAGGUAUAUGGGGAAACAGUAGUUGAAUAUGAUCAAGAGCCCCGGAGCUAUGUGGAAUCUGUGGCUCGUACAGCAGCAGCAACAGGCAAUAGCAGUGGGAGUGGAAUCAGCCUUGCUGGGAAGUUCCAGCCAUCUUUGGCUUUAGAGACCUACAGCACUGAGACAUCUGGAAGGAAUGAGUCCCUCAAUAACUCCUUCACCUUGCCUAGCCCAGCCUCUGCCAGCAGCCCCAUACAUAGCAUGGAUGGGAUAUCUAUUGGUAGUUACCCAUCAGAAAACAGUGCCAGCAUAGCCAUUUCCUUCCAGCCAUCUGCCGAGUCCAGCUUCCAAUCCACUAAUCUUUCUCAGGGUCCUUCAGCACACAGCAGUUACCAAAAUACAUCUACAUCAACUCAGGGCCUGCCGGUCUCUAUCAAUGCCGACUUCCCUGAUGGCCGAACCAGCGCUCAACAAGAUAACCAUCCAACUCCUCAAGCCCAGAUCAUGGCAUCUGGGGUCCAAGUCAUGCCUGGAAGCCCACACGCCCUUCAUAGAACAGUAGCUACCAAUACUCCCCCCAGCCCAGGAUUUGGGCGAAGAACUGUUAGCACAAAUAUGGUGGUCAUUCCAGGAAGCCCAAGCAUGAACAGGCACUUAAUGGGUUCCCAUAGCACUGUUGUUUCAUCACCUGGGAGUCCAAGCCAUGCUCGUCACCAGCCCUUAGCAGGGGGUAGCACAGCCAUGAUUUCCAGGAGUCCCAGUCUGGACCGACACCUGGUAUGUGGGUACUCAACUCCAGAGGAAAAGCAACAAACCCUGUCUCGCCAGAGCAGUGCUUCAGGUUAUCAGGCUCCCUCUACCCCAUUAUUUCCUGUCUCCCCCGCAUACUAUCAUGGAAUUAGCCCACAUUCCUCUUCCCCUGACUCGGCAGUAUAUAGACAGGGCAGCCCCACCCCACCCCAACCACUGCUCCCCGAGAAAAAAAGGAUGUCAUCGGGGGAUCGAUCAAACAGCCUGCCCAACUAUGCUACAGUGAAUGGCAAGACUUCAUCACCCAUUUCCAGUGGCAUGUCCAGUCCCAGCAGUGGAAGCAGUAUGGCCUUUCAUCAUACUCUGCCAGAUUUUUCCAAAUUUUCAAUGCCAGACAGCAGUCCUGAAACAAGAGCAAAUGUAAAGUUUGUCCAGGAUACUUCGAAAUACUGGUACAAGCCAGAAAUCUCCAGAGAACAAGCCAUUGCAUUGCUAAAAGACAAGGAACCGGGGGCCUUCAUCAUUCGAGACAGCCACUCUUUCCGGGGAGCCUACGGACUGGCCAUGAAAGUAGCAUCACCACCUCCAGGUGUUAUACAGCAGAGCAAGAAAGGAGACAUCACCAAUGAGCUGGUAAGACACUUCCUGAUAGAAACCAGCCCUAAAGGUGUGAAACUAAAAGGAUGUCCCAAUGAACCCAAUUUUGGUUGCCUCUCUGCUCUGGUGUAUCAGCACUCGAUGAUGCCUCUGGCAUUGCCUUGUAAGCUGGUCAUUCCUGACAGAG